UAGUAAGUAUACAGAUUGAUAAAGAUUAUUUCGAUAACAAUUAUUGUUCAUAGGAAAACACCAUGGCCGAUAUUAAAAGUUACUCGGGAUUUACUGGGGAACGUUUCCCUGAAAAGUUUGAUAUUCGGGCUAUGCCAAAGCAACCAAAGGUACUAAAACCCGGUCAGCUUCCAGAGGAUGAAAUCAGGAAUUAUUUUACAAAGGGAUAUUUGGUGGUAAAAGAUUACUUCACUGCCUCAGACCUAGAGCCGGUGAAAGAAGCCAUAAACCAGUAUGUGGACAUACUCGCAAACAAACUUUAUAAGGCUGGCAAAGUUAAAGAUUUAUACAAAGAUCAUGGUUACCGAGAUAGACUAUGUAAGCUAGAGGAAGACUUCCCGGGUGCAAACAUUCUAUGCUUUAAACAGAUGGGCAAGGUCCCAAAGGCACUUAAGGAUUUAUGGUCUAACGAGCGACUAUUAAACCUUGUUGAACAGUUGAUUGGUCCUGAUAUCGCGGGAAAUCCCGUCUGGAACCUCAGAACAAAAACGCCGAAAAAUGAGGCAACAACGGUUCCAUGGCAUCAAGAUUGCUCCUAUACGGACAAUAGCUCCUAUAAUAUGCUAGUUCCUACCGCGUGGAUUCCUUUCCUCGAUACUGACGAGAACAAUGGGUGUUUACAGAUGAUUGAGAAUGGUCACGAGAAAGGAUUGGUUGCUAGGCAUCAGUGUUGCUGGGGAGGCACCUGGUAUACAAUGCUUGAUGACGAAGAAAUGAAAAACACAUUAGGAAUCGACAUAGAAAAACAGUUGAAAACGUUACCAAUAAAAUACGGCAGUAUGGUUUUAUUUAACAACGUGAUACCACAUCGCAGCCUUGAUAAUCUGUCCGAUCACGUGCGCUGGAGUGUUGACUUGAGAUGGCAGCGGUCUUCAGACCCGGCUGGUUUCUACGGGCUUAAAGACGCUGUUGUUAUGAGAUCAUCUACGGACCCGGACUUAAAAAUAGACUGGGACAGUUUCGAUUCUAUAAAUAGACACGAGGCACAGGACAACAUGCUAAAGGAGGAAGAAAUGGCUAAAUCAGUUCCGCAAACUGACCCGGAUUUCGAUACCAGAGUUUUAGGCCCUUGGAUGAAGAAAUGGGAAAUUGUGCAUAUGAACAGACACACGGAGGAGUUCGCACGGUCCGAGAAGGAUCUCUAGAGAGAGAAUAAAACAAUAAUUAUUUCCUAUGGUUUAUAUUUCAAGAAGAAUAUGUGUGUGCAAGAUGUAUUUUCAUGUGUGUUUAACUUGUAAUGGUUAAAUUAAUAUGACAGCUAUAUGUGUUGGAAAGCUGUGAGAUGGAAAGAGCUGUAGCCAAAUUUUAAUAUGUGCUUAUUUUGCUAAAAACGAAUAAAAAAAA